AUGUCGCCAGCAGCCAUCCACCAAUUGCAUCUCUUCAUCUUCUUCCUCGUUGCUGGUCACAUCGUCUACACCUGCAUCACCAUUGUCAUCGCGCGUGCCAAGGUAUCCACGUGGCACAGGUGGGAGAACAAGUGCCAGGAGAAGAUGAAGCAAAGGAAGGGCGCGGUAUCAGGUCAGCUCACCCGCGCGCUGCAAGACCGGAGCUUCAUUCUCCGCCACACAGGACCCCUCGCCAGCUUUCGCCGCCGCGUGGCAGCUGACGUGGCACCUGACGUGGCAGAUGCCGGUUCCAGCUCAGCAGGUGGCAGAUAUGACGUGGAGCAGCCCCCUCCCGGCGUGGGGCAGGAGCCGGAGCUGGCGAGAACCUUCCAGGAAAUUGUCAAGGAAGGGGAAGAGGCGAAAGCCCAGGGGAGUCAGGAGCAGCAGGUUCGGGAGCAGGCUCGGGCACAGGAGGCUCGGGAGCCGGCUCGGCGAAGCUCGAAGUUGCAAGUUCACUAUAGCGAUGAAGAUGACGUGGCAGAGGAGGAAGAGCCGGAGCAUUUCACGUGGAUAGGGGAGGAGGAGGAGGGGGAUGACCUGGAUACGGUGUAUGAGGACGAGGAGGAGAGAGAGGAGGAGGAGAAGAAGGAGAAGGAAUGGAGGAGGGAGAAGGGGAUGAAGGAGGGGGAGGCAGGGGAGAAGGGGAAAAAGCGGCUGACUCGCAUGGCAACAAUGGCGCGGAAAGAGGCGAGCACUGAGCUGACCGUGUGGCAGUCUUUGGUGCUCACAGUGGUGCUUUGGAGUGGGGAAUGGGUGGAAAUAGGGAGCAGGGGCUUUUAG